UCUGCUCCCCCUCCCAUUUUUUUGUCUUUUAACUUUAUGCAUGCAUCUCAAAUUCCUUUUAUUUUCUUAGUAUUUACGUUUGAUCAAUCGGGAAAAAAGAGAUACGUAUUGGAAAUGAUUAAAGAUGCUUCCGUGGCCUGGAUCAAUUGUGGGACUGAUUAAAUCCUAACCUCGAAUUGGAACUAUUCUAACCUUUGAAUUCUUUGUAACUCUUUUCUUUCUUUCUUUUUUUUGUUUACUUCCUCACGUUUCUUGUUUAUAUCCUGGCGUCAUUCUUUUUUUUUUUCGAAUUCCGUUUCCAACUUUGAUUGCUUAAUUUGCGUCUCUUUUGUUGAUCUUUCUUUCUACAUUUGACACCGCAUUAUAUCUUUUUAUUUUUCCUUCCUUUCUUUUUUUGUUUUAAUAUGCACUUGUAAUCAAUUAUUUCAAUUUUAUUCUUAUUUUUAUUAAUUAUACUUCGCAUGCUUCUAGAACGCCCUAUGAGUUUAGGAAUUCAAAUUAGGCUGUUAUUCUGCAGAGAUUUUUUAAUUGGUGCAAAAUUCUGGAUAUUGAAUUGAAGUAGUUCAAUGAUGCCGGCUGCUAGCACCAAUAUGUCUGACCGAGAGGGAGAAUCAUUUGUUGAGGUUGAUCCCACUGGUCGCUUUGGGCGCUAUAAUGAUUUGCUUGGUGCCGGUGCAGUGAAGAAGGUUUACAGGGCAUUUGAUCAGGAGGAAGGUAUAGAGGUGGCCUGGAAUCAAGUGAAAUUGACCAACUUCAGUGAAGACCCUGUGCUUAUCAAUAGGCUUCAAUCCGAGGUACAGUUGCUGAGAACGUUGAAAAACAAGUAUAUCAUUGUUUGCUACAGUGUCUGGAGGGAUCGAGAACAUAACACAUUAAAUUUUAUCACUGAGGUCUGCACAUCGGGAAACUUGAGAUCUUACAGGAAAAAGCAUCGCCACGUGUCCAUUAAGGCCUUGAAGAAGUGGUCAAAGCAGGUACUUGAAGGAUUGGAAUAUCUCCAUACACAUGACCCUUGCAUUAUUCACAGAGAUCUAAAUUGCAGCAACAUCUUCAUCAAUGGGAACAUUGGCCAAGUGAAAAUUGGCGACCUGGGACUUGCGGCAAUAGUUGGGAGAAGCCAUUGUGCACAUUCCAUAAUAGGGACACCGGAAUAUAUGGCACCGGAGCUUUACGAGGAAGAUUACACAGAGAUGGUGGAUAUAUACUCGUUUGGAAUGUGCUUGCUUGAGAUGGUGACAAUGGAGAUACCUUAUAGCGAAUGUGACAGUGUUGCCAAAAUAUACAAGAAGGUCACCUCUGGCGUGAGACCCCGAGCCUUGAACACAGUCCCAGAUCCAGAAGUGAAGGCAUUUAUCGAGAAAUGCAUAGCCCAGCCAAGGGCAAGACCUUCAGCUUCUGAACUUCUCAAGGACCCCUUCUUUUCUGACCUCAAAGAUGAUGAGAUAGACUCAGUGUCCACUUGAUGGGUUUUUGAGUGAAGUUUUCUGCCUAAAAACUAGCGAGUAAUUUUCUUUUAAACAGUGUGCUAGUUGUAAGUGAAUUCAUAUAUGCCUUAUUCCUAGUUUUAACUACUUCCCCAACUGAGAUCCAUAAAUGCUAAUGUACAAAUUGGUUGGCUGAACAAUGAUAACAGUGCAUUUACCAAAAAAAAGAACCAAUGAUAACAGUGCGCUGCUUUCUUUAACGCUA